UUAAUUUCAUCAAGUCAUUCUUUGUAGAGUAGUAAACUAAACACUAUGCAGGAAGAAGACAAUGCCUAGAAAAUAAAUUAAUAGGUAAUAGCCGGUCCGAUAAAGUAAUUGUUAUUAGGUGUUAUAUGGGCUGUUGCCGUAUGCUAGUGCAAUCCUAUCUUGUAAACCGCGUAACAGCUAUCAAUUUCGCAAUAUUCUCAAACUGCAGUAUUUCUCAAAUUUUUUUUCACCUCAAUAAUUUUACUCUCAUUCAACCUUGUAAAUUAACAUGGCAAAAUAUGAGAUACCUACUGUAUUAUGUUUACAUAUCACGCUAUAAUUUCGUAAACUAUAAAUCGUCGCUCGUGGAGGCUCAGUGAUUGAAUAUACACCUCACGAGAGCGGUGCGGGUUCGAAUCGAACCUAGCGUAGUUUCCAGUAUUUUUUUUAAAAUAUGUAUUACUUAUGCUUGAACUUGGGCUCUUGUAUAGUAGGUAGUCGAUUAAAUGUGGGUACGUGAUUUCCUGAGAUGAUGUCAUUUCAACAUGGCUCUCGCCUCUCCACUUUAUUAAAGACAUGAAAUGAAUACUAAGUUCCAACUUUCAAGUAAACGUCCCAAGAGCACAUACUACGUUUUAUUGUGCUCUGUUAUUCAUUAUACAAAUAAGUACGUAAUAUCUACAUAAUUUAAAACGAGCUAGCAGCCGCUUGACUGUGUUAUUAAUAGUCCCACAAAACAAUAUUCGCGUCACCUCGUGGCCUAAAAUGCAAAUAGGAGAAAAAUGCCACGACUGCUUGCGAGCACGUGAAACAAACGUUACCAUGACAAUUAUAUCGAUCGGCGGCUUUUCCGAGGCUUUUCCCUGAAAGUCUCAUUCGCGUGUCGCCUUCUGAAACAAUAAGGCACUGAAGUCUAGACACCCAGUUCGAUACUCGCCAGUUUAUUUACCGCCUGACCCUUAUUCAGUCGCUUUUAUAAUUGGCAUAUGAAUAUGGGCAUAUUGCGUGUAUGAUAGUGCCGUUAAUUUAAAAAACUGUCUGCCUGGUGAUUGAAUCGUGUCGGUAGUACGGGUCCAGCAGCCGUGGACAAUGAGUGCACGCGCGAAGCGAACCGAGACGCGCGCUCCGCCACCAAUGCGCGAGCGUCCGUUUUUAAAAAGCACUCAUUAGCUGGUGCACCGUAACUGCGCUGCGGUUGUACCCGACGCAACGUGUGUGCAAUACGGGGCAUUAGAAAGUGUAAUGAAUAUCGUGGUGCGAUGCUGUCAGUGAGCAAGCCGGCAUCGUUAGUCCAGCAGAAGAAGCAGCAGUGGGCGCGGGAGAGAGGUGCGUACGUAGUGUGUGCAGCACCGCCGCUGACGCUGCCCAGCGGCCGCCGCGCCAGUGCGAGCUGGUGCACGCUCGCAUCUGCACCACGCUCCCUUGCCAUUUCGCAACAUAUUCACGGUCGUGAUUCCAUCAAGGAGAUUUUGUAGCAUUCGCGACUUUCAGACACGUUGAGUUUCCUAAAGUUAUUUCGGAUUGCGACAACAUAAGGCGAGGAAAUGUCUCACCUCUACCUGCCCUGGGGCAACGGUGAACGGUAUACGAAUCGUUUGCAAGUGCGGAAUCAAUUUGCGAGUACAUUGGAACUACACAAGCAGUCUUCGUAUGAGUAUCAGGAGCCUGUGCAGCGUCAAAGGAGUCCUAGCUUGCCGCCGAUUCACAACAUCGAAGAGAGAUCCGCGAAGGAUGACAGAAGGAACAAUGUUCUUAACCGAAACAUGACGAGUGCGAAGAGGUUCUCAUUUUACGAUGAAGACGGAGAAGGAGACACCUCGGGUUACGGAAGUGAGACCCUGAACCACAUGAACAGGAGCGGGCACAGGGCUAUCCAAGAAGCCAACAACUGCAGCCCCGUAGUGGCGUGGCAGCAGGAAGGGAAAGACGACAGGAACAGGGAAUCCAGUGGCGCUAAGUCACGCUUGUCGGAUGGGGCGUGGUCAGCCCGCAGCCCGCGAACAUCGGAAGAAGGCCGGUUGCGAUGGGGGGACCGGGGCGUCGCCACCGGCCGCCUUUGGGAACCCACCGCUCCUAACGCUAGGCUGCCCCAGAUGCCGAACCAGAAGAAAGGCACGCCAUCUUGGGUAGAACGUGGCCUAAAUAUGAUAGAUAACACAGCUGAAGUUCUAGUCAUAGACCAAAGAAGUUCAAGCAACAGUACAGGGGUAGACUGCGACAGAUCGUCGUGCAACGGGAGUGAUGAAGGAAGGACAUUUUUAAGGGGACAAAAUGUCCCAUUAGAGCCUGAGAUUAAAGCUCAGAGAGAGAACAAACGUAUGAAGGCAUUAGAAUUGCAAUCUGCUAUAUUGAAUCAGUUAGAAGACAGAGAAAAACGACGACAAGAGGAGAGGGAGCGCCAAUUAAGAGAAGAAAGGCUUGAAGAGCUACGCAUACAGAGACAGCAGGAAGAGGACAGGCAACGACUGGAAGUCGAGAGAAGAAAACAAGAGGAGAAACAAAUGAUGGAGCAGAAAAAAUUAGACACACUAAAAAGAGCCUUGGAAGACGCCGAAAGAAAAGCCAAACAAGAUAAAGAAAAGAGGUUUAAUUUACACAAAAGAAACACUACUACAAACGUGGAUAAUGUUCCUAAGCCGAAAGCAGAAGAAACGCCAAUACCUGAAACAACGCCACGUGUAGAACCUACAAGCCCUACAAAAACCAGCAGAACAUAUGAUAUACAUUCUGCGAAAAGUCAGAAAAGGGAAUGCCAUUCCCACCAAACAACAGAAUUCAACUCUCCAAGAUCAGUAGGUCCCGGAAAUCUGAAUCUGUUUAUUCAUAGCGUACCCCCGUUAGCUCUAGCAGAUGGUCAAUUUAACAUAGUGCCGAUUGGUCUUAACAGUACUAAUGAAGUUAUCAACACACAGCCAAACAAUAUACAACUAGCAGUAUUAGUUCCUCAAAAUGUGGCCAAUAACUUGUACAGUGUAUCAUUGAACUCUCUCAACAAUACAAAUGAAAUAGCUGACAUUGGGAAAUUAUUAACACCGAAUAAAUAUCGCACAUUAAGAAUGAAAGAUGCGGCAACGCAAACUGACUCAAUAUUUAAAUCCUUUACUGACAAAAUCAUAGAAACUGAUGAACCCGAAAGAAACAUAGAUAAAGAUUAUCCAAAUAUUGAUGAAAAUGCACCACAAGAUAGUCAUCAUAAUACACUGAAAAAAGACAGACGUUUUCGAUCCGAAGAGAGGUUCAAGAAAGAUUUAGAAAAUCGGCCGAAGUGGGGAGUUAAUAGACCAGCAGCUCAGUAUAAGAAACAAAGCGAAAAAGAUCCAUUUUACAGUCAGAAGCGAAAGAUGCGCCAAAAAUAUAGACCUCAAGCAAGACAAUAUUUAUCUCAUUCUAGUGACGACAGCCGUUCUCCAAGCCCGCCGGCUAGAUCUGAAAAAAUAAUCGAGAGUGGUAAUAAGCAUCGCAACUCAUUAAGUCAAUCAUAUUGGAGAAGUAAAAGGUCAAGUCAAGAUAUAUCAAAAUCUGUUUCUGAAAACACAAACAGUUUUACAGAUUUUAAUCCUUUGAGUCAACUAACGGUUAAUGAAAAUACUGAAAACAAAAAGUCGCCCAAAACGUCUCCAAUGAAAAGGAUGACGCUAUCACAAAAGUUUAUCAACGAUAAAUACGGAAACAGGAAAUUAUGGAUCGAUGACGUAAACGAAAGAAAUGGCAAAUCAAAUAUAUUUGACGUCGAAAACAGAAAGAAAAUUAUAGACCAAAUAAAUACUGCCAAACGAGAACUUUUUGAUAAACAUGAAGACCAAGAAAGUUUCGUAAAGACCAAAUUUUAG